CCUUUAACUACACCAUUAUGAGUCACUAUUUUAGCAGUUGCAGUUAUCAGCUGAGGACCAACAAGAGUGUUCUGUCCACAUUGUGUGCAUGUAGUCUCAGAUGGAAUGAGAUGUGUGAGGAAUCCAUGAGAGUCUUGGCGUCUCUGCUGCUGGUGAUCAGUGUUUUGGAAGAUCGGAAGGUAUUUUCUUGUGAGCAAUCAAAUACUUGAUCAUCCUUUCAGCUGCUGGAUCUGGAUAAAACGCUUAUAUUGGGCGAAAUCUGCCUAGCCCUCCAUCUCCUCGCAUUGUUUUAUUUUGAAACGUAUUUUAUUUUGAAAAGAGGAAGUGGGAUUCUCCCAUUUCAACUCUUAUCUUCCUGUUGAACCACGAGUUGUUCUGAAAGGUUCAACUUUGGAAGCCAUCGAGACACGACCUAGAAGCUGUGCUGUUCUGAGAUAACUCGGUGGACUUGCUGUUAGCUAAACACGGCUAAAGAAAACCUGCUACCACUUCAGGAUCAUCCAUCAGCUGGGACUGAUUCAUCGUGUGUUCUUCACCACCUGGACCUGGACAGCAUGGACACAGGUAGGGCUGCCACCUUUCAGAUAUGUAAAUAAGUAAAUGAGUUGGAGAAGUGGUUUUUCUCUUAGACAGCUGUGUUAUUCACACAGGUGUGAAACAUCUGUAAACGCCAGAUCUGGUGCAGGAAAAUGGCUGAACAGGGAGUGGGGACACACUUUGCCUUCUGCAGUUAUUUUCAACAGAUGGUUCUGGUUAAAUAAGAAGCUUCAGAAGAACAGAGUGCUCGUGUCAACCACCAGCACCUAGAUUUUCUCCACAAAAAGGAGGAACAGGAGAGACUCUUGUCUAGUAUGGAGGGAGAGCAUCUCCAUUUGAAUAUGGAGACUGAUGCUGCCAGGUUUCAAUCCUUUAGCCAAAAAACACAUUUAAACAAACACACGAGAGUCCAGACAAAGCAGAAACAUUUUGCCUGUGAGCACUGUGGACAAAGGUUUCACCAAAAGACUAAUUUAACCAGACACAUGAGCGUCCACACAGGAGAUAAGCCCUUUCCUUGUGAGCUCUGUGGAAAGAAAUUUAGCUUAAAGUCAAAUUUAAACCGACACAUGAGCGUCCACACUGGAGAGAAGCCUUUCGCCUGUGAGCUCUGUGGUAAUAGAUUUAGUGAAAAGGGAAAUUUAAACAAACACAUGAGAGUCCACACUGGAGAGAAGCCUUUCGCCUGUGAGCUCUGUGGUAAUAUAUUUAGUGAAAAGGGAAGUUUAAACACACACAUGAGAGUCCACACUGGAGAUAAGCCCUUUCCUUGUGAGCUCUGUGUAAAAAGAUUUAGCCAAAAGACAACUUUAAACAAACACAUGAGAGUCCACACAGGAGAUAAGCCCUUUCCUUGUGAGCUCUGUGGAACGAGAUUUAGCCAAAAGACGCAUUUAAACAAACAUAUGAGAGUCCACACUGGACAGAAGCCUUUUGCUUGUGAGCUCUGUGUAAAAAGAUUUAGCCAAAAGACAACUUUAAACAGUCACAUGAGAGUCCACACUAGAGAGAAGCCCUUUUCUUGUGAGCUCUGUGGAACGAGAUUUAGCCAAAAGACAACUUUAAACAGUCACAUGAAAGUCCACACAGGAGAGAAGCCCUUUCCUUGUGAGCUUUGUGGAAAGAAAUUUAGCUUAAAGACAACUUUAAACAGUCACAUGAGAGUCCACACUGGACAGAAGCCUUUUGCUUGUGAGCUCUGUGUAAAAAGAUUUAGCCGAAAGUCCUAUUUAAACACACACAUGAGAGUCCACACUGGAGAGAAGCCUUACCCCUGUGAGCUCUGUGGUAAUAGAUUUAGUGAAAAGGGAAAUUUAAACAGACACAUGAGAGUUCACACUGGCUUUUUGCCUGUGAGUUCGGUGGAAAAGAUUCACCCAAAAGAUCAGUUUAAACGGUCACAGAAGAGUCCAUAAA